UACUUCCGCCCUCCUAGUGCAGUAGUCCCGACGCUGCCCGUCGCGUCGCCGUGGGCGACGUGCCCGCUUCCAAAAUGGCGACGGCGGCGGCUGUGUCUGGUGUGCUUGGCCGGGCGGGCUGGAAGCUCCUGCAGCUGCGGUGCCUGCCCGUGACCCAUUGCCGACCAGCCCUGGUGCCACGUGCCUUCCAUGCUUCAGCUGUGGGGCUAAGGUCUUCAGAUGAGCAGAAGCAGCAGCCACCCCCUUCAUUUUCUCAGCAGCAUUCUGAAACACAGGGGGCAGAAAAACCUGAUCCAGAGUCUUCUCAUCCACCCCCCAGGUAUACAGCCCAGGGCGGCGAGGAGGAGGAGGACUAUGAAAGUGAGGAGCAGCUGCAGGACCGCAUCCUGACGGCAGCCCUGGAGUUCGUGCCCGCUCACGGGUGGACAGCAGAGGCGAUUGCAGAAGGAGCCCAGUCUCUGGGUCUCUCCAGUGCAGCAGCCAGCAUGUUUGGGAAGGAUGGCAGUGAACUAAUACUGCAUUUUGUGACCGAGUGCAAUGCCCGGCUCACACGCGUGCUGGAAGAGGAGCAGAAGCUGGUACAGUUGGGCCAGGCAGAGAAGAAGAAAACAGACCAGUUCCUGAGGGAUGCAGUGGAAACCAGACUGAGAAUGCUGAUCCCAUACAUUGAGCACUGGCCCCGGGCCCUCAGCAUCCUCAUGCUCCCUCACAACAUCCCGUCCAGCCUGAGCCUGCUCACCAGCAUGGUGGAUGACAUGUGGCAUUACGCUGGGGACCAGUCCACUGAUUUUAACUGGUACACCCGCCGAGCCAUGCUGGCUGGCAUCUACAACACGACAGAGCUGGUGAUGAUGCAGGACUCCUCUCCAGACUUUGAGGACACCUGGCGCUUCCUGGAAAACCGGAUUAAUGAUGCAAUGAACAUGGGCCACACUGCCAAGCAGGUAAAGUCCACAGGAGAGGCACUGGUGCAAGGACUCAUGGGUGCAGCGGUGACGCUCAAGAACUUGACAGGUCUAAACCAGCGUCGGUGAGAGGAGAGGGUGUAAGCUACAAUGCCUAGAAGAGAAUGAGUGGACAGAUUGAAAGAGCUUUGAAAAGUAUGAGGUGCCAUCCAUGUAACCUGGUGUUCUUGAGAACACACUAAAGGACUCCUGAGACACUACCACCGCCACCUGGAAACCACAAGGCAUUUGAUGCUACCGUUCUGGUCAGGGAUUGGGCCUCUUCUUCAGUUCCUAAUACCAGACCAAGCCUCCUGAUGCCUUUCUGCACUGCAAUUGUGUGAUUGAAAAAUGAGAUGUGCAUCCAAGCAAUCAAGCCACAGAAACCAAGCAUGUCCCUGUCAUGAUCUCAUGGGCACCUUGAUCAAGUCUUAACCUUCCAUUAACCUUGGGGCUCCCAAGCCAGAGUCAAGGUGAUGCAUGCCUCAUGCCACCUCAAAGUGACAGCUCAUCCCCAGCACAGCACAGGCGUGUGCACACAGAGGUGUUCCUUGCACCCCCCUCCCUCUCAGGUGUCCUGAGAUGCUACUCCUGGGAAACCCCUCAGAAAACUGCCUCACCGGAGACAAGUGCCUGCUGGACAGAGGUGUGAUCCCAGGCCUGGUGUCAUAUGACACCAGCAUGCAUCACAGGAUUAUUAGUGUAUUUUGAGUCUAAAAAUAAUAAAUAUGUUUGAAGUAGUUU